AUGAUCGGCAGUGACACUCAUAUCCAUAGGAUUCAAAAGCUCUCCGUAGAACGCAACGAUGAGAAAAAUGAUUUACAACAGCUCAAUGAUAGUCUUGGCAUCUACAUUCAACAAGUAAAAGAACUCGAACUUAGAAAUAAUCAACUACGUUCGCAGAUUAUUGCUCAGAAACCUAAAGGCGGUUUCGAUUCCGACGCACUUAAAAAGCAAUACAACAAAGACUUGCUUUUACUUCGACAACAAUUGGACACGACUGCAAUCGAUUUAGAACUAACUCAGCUACAAAAAGCAGAAUUCGAACGUGCUACAUGGUCGAAUCAGCAUCGAAUUUCUUUUUUGAGAAAAUUUUUUACUACCGAUAAACAACGCCUUUUGUUAUGCACACAAGAAAUUGAACGAAACAAAGCGGAACUCGAUGGAGUACGUAUUCAAAUCGAAAAUAAAAAGCAGGAAGUGGAACGAACCAAAAGUGUAAUGAAUGAACAAUCAGACUAUUUGGAAAAUUUGGAAAAGGAAUACAAUGAAAUAAUAAAGGCUCAUGUCGUUAUCAAUAUCCAAUUGAAAACACUGCAAGAAGAAUCAUUCUUCUUGAAAGCUGUUUUUGAAGAAGAAUGUGAAGAAUUGCUUUCUCGUGGUACACUGCAUAUCGAUGUUAGUCAAUUCUAUCGAACUGAACUUAGUCGGGCAAUCGCCAAUAUCAGAAAAGACUAUCAAACACUUUCAAACAAACGACAUCAAGAGUGGGAAACCUACUACCAAAUGAAAACAGAGGAGAUCAAAACAGAGAUAACUGAACAAGCACUCAAACAGAAAAAUGCGAAUAAAACAAAUGAUGUGGGAAGUAUGGAUGUGAAAACACUCAAGGCGACAUUAGAGGAAUUUCAAAGCUCUUACACCGUAUUGCAAUCUGAAAAUGUAAUUUUGAUCAGUCGUAUGCAAACACUCGAAGAGCAAUAUGGAAGCAUACAAUUCGAACGACAUCAAUCACUAUUCUUAUUGGAACAACAAAUUGCUGCAUUAUUAGCUGAUUACAAUGAGAGCCGAUCGAAAAUCUCAAGUAUACAUGAAAGUAAUGUAACACUGCAAUUCGAAAUUAGCACUUACCGUCGAUUAUUAGAAGGUGUAUCCACUAGCACUCCAACAAAAACUCGUGAAAUUGCUCUACAAUGGGCGAGCACAUCGACUGCAAAUUUUUCGGCGAUGAAUUUGAAAGCACCUUUUGUCUUACGUUGGGCAGAAACUGUUAAGGUAACAGGAUCGAUGAUUUUGCUUCCGACUACAUUCAUUGGUCCAAAAGGAUGUAGUGGUGUCUCGUUCGCAGCUGUUUAUUACACGUCCAACGAACGAGUCAUUGUGGAAGCAACAAUUACUGAUCAAUUCAAUUUUAACAAUUAUGGACAAUAUCAAGUAACAAUCUAUUAUGUGAAUUCUAAAGUUGCGAUUGGAUCAUGGACAAUUCAGCUUGAGCCUAAAGGUGGAAUAUGCAUGCCAAAACAGUUACUUCUCCGAGAUUCAAUUAAUAAUUCCAUUGUUGGAGCAACAGUUCAAUUACUAUUGUUAGGACAAGUUGUUUUCCAAAGUACAAGUGAUAAGAGUGGUAUUGUGAAUCUACCGAAAACGCUGUUAGAGAAUUGUUAUGACAUCCAGAUAGAUACACAUGCCGAUAAAUACAAAAUUGGUAAAUUCAAACGAAUAGUUUUUCAAAACCGAGGAGCAGAAUCGGAGACCUUUUACAUUUAUCGACAAAUGAAAAGUGAUGAGGUUGAAUUUCUGCUCACAUGGGGAGAAAAACCAAGUGAUCUCGAUUCUCAUGUGUAUGUUUCGGAUGGACGGCAUGUAAGUUUUUCGAACAAACAAGAAACAAAUGUGUCUCUCGAUUAUGACUGCCGCGAAGGUGGUGGGCCAGAAACUAUCAAAGUCAAACUUGAGCCAAAUAUGAAAUAUAUUUAUGCCGUUCAUAGAUAUACCAAAGAUGGAGAACUCGCAAAAUCAAAGGCAACUGUUAAUAUCAGUACGAACGAAGAUUUGGGUUCGGGUCUUCCAUUUCAUGUUGUUCGAGUUCCAAAUGUUAAUCAACCUGAUGCAAAUUUUUGGGUGGUUUGCCAGAUUGAUGGAACAACCAAGAAGAUCAAAUAUUUCGAAAAUGCCUUCGAAAAUAGUGAUGAAUGUAAUACCGACCAGUUUAUCAGAAAGUUUUACAAUGCAUAA